ACAGUGCCAUUGACGCCGCCACUGCAGAAUGAAAUGAUCAGAACAGAAAAACCAAAACAGAGCUACAAAUCUCAAUUGUUUCCCACAAUCCUCAUUAAAAGGAACCCAACAACCAUAUUGAAGCCAAUGGGUGUAUCUCCUUCCACAGGCUGUAUUGCAGAGGCAGGUGACAUGAUGUGCUGUCCCAGGAUGUGUCUUUCUACUGUGAUUCCCACCAGCAUUAUGAUCCCCAAAAGACCCCAAUUUGAACUUCUGAUUUGCAGACUUCAGACUUUGAAAAUCCUCAACAAUGCCCCGGCUGGUGGAGGAAUUCUGGGACAUUGGCACAUCUGGAAGGCCAAAGUUGCUGUAGUGGACUGUGAGGUCAUCCAGGAAGUAACACAGAUGAGUGUGGCUCUAAACCUAAAGUGAUGGCGGAGUUUCAGGUCCCCUGGCUUCACUGCAACAGGGCAAAUCCCUUCCCACUACAGGUAGUGGAUCCACGUUUGGAGGAGACCUCGGAAGCAGCUCACAAGACUUCCUGCUGCCCCCAUCUCUGACAUCCCUCCAGCCACCACCCAUCUUCAACCAGACGGGUUCGCCCAGCACCCCAACCGGAGUCAUCUACAGCUUGUCCGGUUCUCCAGCUGGCCCAACCCUCUCCAGGCUCUUCCAGACACUUCCGGGUUCCUUUCCAGACAUCUACGACGGAGACAUGAAAAAAUGGGAAGAGCACUUCCACAGCAUCCAGAGGGCCUACAAGGAAUUUGGCAAAGAAGAUGACUUUGCCAUUCGGGUACUCACCGAAGACUUUACACUCCCUUUCCCUUUUGCCUGGCCUGGCGAGAACGAAGGGUCCCCCUGCCCCUUGGCCUAUGAUCCUGCGGAUUGCUCCGGCUUUGAUUUCUUCCUACACCCAGGACAACCCAUCCCUCGUCUUCUCCAGCCACUGCAUGCCACCACCCAGGCUUUCUUCAAGAAGAGACGCUUGGAGCAGUUGGCACUCAGCUAUGCCAGCCAAGGCUCCAUCGCUGGGGCUGCAGGUCUACCAACCCCAUCAGAAACCAGCUCCUCCUUGCGUCCAGAUAUCAUGGUGAUCACCAGCAUGCCUUGUAUGGCUGCCACGUCUACGGAGCCAUCUUUUCUCCUGCAGGACAACAAAAGUCAGCAGACCCUUCAACCUGCCCCCAUCGGUAUCCCCAAUUCAGCUUCCAUGCAGCCCAUCAGCCUUCAGUUUAUGAACCCCACACAACACGGAGCAUUUUAGCAUCCAAGCGUUCGGUUUAGAAUACUAACAAGUGGAUUUUUUUUAUUAUUAUUUUGUACAACAGAGAACGAUAAGUUUCUUGAGAAAUUUCAUCACUGCUGGGGCACUACAUUCAAUUCAGGGUUUUGUUGUUGUUGUUGUUUUGGGGGGGAAGCUAAAAGCUUCCGAGUUUAAUAUCAGCCUGCCAUUGUGCUACUAAAUGUUUCAGCAAGGAGCAGACAUUAAUCUUGCCAUCUAUAUCCCAGUAUUUGGAAUAAUAAUAAUAAAAAAGACUGUCUUCUAUGCUGUG